GUGCCAAUACCCAUCGGCUCCGCACUAUAAUUAAUACUUAUCGACCUGCACAAUUUACAACAAUAUCAUUGAUUCAUGCAUGUCCGGACACUUCGGACAUGAUGACCAAAUCCCGACCAUCAACGCUUGGUACCAAUUUCACACAACGGCCUCCGAUGAUGACAGCAAAGUCUGCUACAGUGGUCGAGCAACUUGUACAAUGGUCUCAAACGUUCGAGUAUCGCCCUACCGGGUCCUUUUCGACCCAUGCAACAAGCCUUUCUCAACGAGAUGCUGAGACGUUAUGUAGGCAUCAGCUGGUUCCUAUCUGGCAGUAUUUAGUUACACGCGUGACAACCCAAAAGCGUCGUAGGGGCAUUCGCGAUAUUUUGCGACAAACCGCCGAGAACCCAGAUAUAGUCAACGCUUGUCCAAAGCUAGCCGCAUAUCGCGUUGGCACAUCCAACGUUGAUGAACGUAAACGGAAGCUACUUUCUCGUCGAAGUGCGCUGCAAAAGGAGCUGUAUGAUGCCAAAGCCCAGAUAGAACAAGUGUCAAUGUCUUGUGGGCAGCUUUCCUCGGAUGUGUCACAUAGAGCUCGAAAGUCUUCAACAGCAAAACGGAAAUUAGUUCAGCAGCGCCAAAAGAUGCAGGUAUAUCAAGCUUACGGAAAGGAAGUUGGUUUCUACAUACACAUCAUCAAGAGAUCCACGGAGAUGUUGCGAAGGUUCAUUGCUGAUAUCAAAAAUGGAGAUAGAAGAGUCCACAUGUCGUCUUUGCAUGUUAAAACGGAAGAAGCAUGUACGCGAGUCGGGGCUAUCGUGGAAGAGCUUUUAGUUAGCGCAAGAAACUCCCAGACGGAACGCUUUUCGUUUCUUGAGGAGAAUCUUCUGACCGCUGAGCCCGUGCUAGUCGUCAGAGGUCUGCUGAGUCACCUUCAUUCUGCUUUGGUAAAGUUGAAAGAGUCGAAUGAUCGUGGCACCUUCAACAGAUGCAGCGGCCAGCAGCUAUCUGCAGGGCAUUGGCAAUCACGGUUCGAUGCGUAUCUCCAACGUUUUGCAGGACAGCACGUAUGUCGGUAUACAGAAGGAAAAAAAUUACUUCGCGAGGCGCAAGUUCUGGAGAAUAACAUAAUACAGCUUAUGGAGGGGACAGCACCGCCACGUGAAACGUCACAAAGAUUACUAAGCAACUUAGUUACGGAGAGAUGUGAUGCUUUUGCUCUUCGCAAUCUAUUGGAAGAGAUUCGAUUGCAAAGGUCAAUCACGCGGCAGUUACUGGAAUCUCAGUUCUCCGCCUGGGCUGACAUCCACUGCACACAUGCGAGUAUUUUGUCGACCGUCAAUGAAAUGGCGCGCGGCCUUCGUGCAUUGGACGCUGUCGGAAAGGGUUCAAGAAAAGCCCAUGAGGAAUCACUAUCAUGGAUCGCGGAGCAUGCGAGAAAUGACCGUGCACCCAAUAAGAUUGGCGUUCUAAAACAUCAGGUCGAUGUUCUGUCCCACAACCUUCUUGGCUUUUGUUACGCUGAAUUCAAAGCAUUGCUCCCAGUAAACGUAUGCAAACCGUUCCAAGCUAGGUCGUUACGUACGUCCAGUCGAUUGAAGCGUCGUGCUAUAUCAACCCUCCGGACUCCUGAUCGUUGCGAAUUGCUGGAGCUGCAGACAGCCAUUAACAUGCGGCCAUACAAUGGCCCUGAAAAUGUAGUUCACAACAUCUCUCGGUUACAAGACGCAGCUUUGGCUUGGGAUAUCUCUCUGAAUCUUUAUCGCAAUAUUGAAGAAACGUCCGAGAAACGACUUUCCUUGUUACGGAGACAUUUGCAAUCGCAACUGUUGGAUUAUAGUGAUGACCAGGAUAUUGUUCAAGUUGUCUCAAGACUGGCAGCUUACAUUGAAGCCUUGAACGCGAUGUAUUCCAACGAGAACACGCCUCGUGUGAAAGCAAAAGUUCUCCACGCCCAUGAGUGCGUUGAAUUGUACGAGGAGCUUAAGCUGCUUAUGGAAAAUAGGAGCCAACUUUUCCUUGAGACGAGUCACAAGUGCACAGAUUACUAAUGAUGAACCUGCACGUUGUGAUUCAUUGUAUUGAUAUAAACGCAUCCACCAACGAUAUAUUUGGAAAUAUACCGUUCCCAAAGAUUAUGAUGAUACAUGCCAGUUGUGGUCUUUUUCUCGAGGUAUAUCAUUCGGUUGCAACCCCGUCGCGGAGGAGCUGGUA